AUGGCUCUCAGCAAGCUACCGGAAUUCGCUCCCGGCAGCGGCAGCUUCGACGUGUUCGUCGAAAGAUUCGAGCUCUACACCACAGUCAAUGAGAUCGUCGAGGCCAAGAAACUACAUCUGUUCUUGAGCGCCAUCAGAGAAGAAGCAUACGUGACGCUCCGAAGUCUGCUACUACCUAAGACACCGAGCACGUCGUCAUACCCAGAAGUCGUGUCGGCGCUGAAGAAGCACUAUUCUCCGAGGCGGUCAGUGGUGAGUGAAAGAUACCAUUUCAACCAAAGGAAGCAAGCCUCUCAAGAAACUGUCACAGAAUUUGUGGCGCAGCUGAAGAAAUUGGCAUCAUUAUGUGACUUCGGCGCCUUUUUGGAACAAGCGCUUCGUGACCGCCUGAUAGCAGGCCUGCAUUCCGAAGCCAUACGUUGCCGGUUGCUGGCCAUGAGCGACAGCGAGCUCACCUGGGACUGCGUCUGCAACACCGCUACGGCCAUGGAGGCGGCAGCGAAAGACGCCGUGGAAAUGGUCGCGGAAAACACCGCCGAACAGUCAGCCCGCUGCAGUGACAUACAUUGGCAGAGCCAAUCAGCAGCGUUGCGUCGGAGUUCACAAAGUGGGGCAUGCACCGGCCACGGCUCCGGCAAUACAAAGACUUCGGUGACACGGACUAAGACUAUCUGUCAGCGAUGCGGUGGACAACACGCACCUGUAAGUUGUCCUUUUCUGAACAGCAGGUGUUAUAAAUGUCAAAAGAAGGGCCAUAUCGCGAAAAUGUGUAAAAGCAGGGUUGUACAUCAGCUAGAAGAGCAGCACUCGUCGGACACUGAACUGCUAACGCUUUGUCACACCGAUAACCGUUCGGGCAACCGUGCCAUUGCAAUAAAUGUAAGACUAAACGGCAAAGUGGUACCCAUGGAACUAGACACGGGAGCGGCAGUUUCUAUUAUGUCCAAAGCAGAGUGCGCGAAGUAUUUUCCUGGGGCAAAUUUCAGGCAAACAGAUGUCAGACUUGUUACAUAUAACGGUACACCCGUUGAUACCAAAGGUGUCAUUGACGUUGAAGUGCAAUACCACGAGCAGUGCUUUCAUUUGCCGCUAGUAAUUGCCAAAGAGACGAAAUGUGCAAGAAUGCCUACGUUGUUUGGCCGUAACUGGAUGAAUAAAAUCAAAAUCCGAUGGCAUGAAGUUAUGCAAGUGAAGGCACUGACAAAAAAAAAAACUCCCUUGACUGACAAAUACCGCGAAGUGUUUGAGCCGGGUUACGGAGCGAUAAGAGGGUUCAAGGCGAGCAUUGUUGUUAAAGAAAACGCGUCACCUGUAUUCUGUAAGGCGCGAUCAGUGCCGUAUGCGCUACGCGAACAAGUCGAGCAGGAAUUGGCAAACUUGGAAAAAGCUGGAGUCAUUUACCGGGUGCAGCACAGUGCGUGGGCGACACCUCUGGUGAUCGUGCCCAAGAAAAAUGGCAAGGAGCUUCGGCUAUGUGGUGACUACCGUGUCACAGUAAAUCCUGCCAUUGAGGUAGACCAGUACCCGCUCCCUCUGCCAGAGGAUAUUUUUGCAACUUUACAUGGUGGAACUGUCUUUUCGGUUCUGGACUUGUCCAAGGCGUACUUACAGCUCGAAUUGGACGAGCGAGCACAAGAACUGCUCACUGUCAAUACCCACCUGGGGCUGUUCAGGUUCCGGCGCUUGCCAUACGGCGUAGCCUGUGCACCGGCGGUGUUCCAGGCCGUGAUGGAUCAGAUCCUACACGGCCUCUCAGGAACGGCCUGUUACUUAGAUGACGUUGUCAUCGCAGGCGCAGAUAGGAAGCAAUGCCAUGACAGGUUGGAGCAGGUGCUCAUACGCCUAAGAGAACAUGGCAUACGGGUCAACACUGAGAAGUGUAAGCUGUUCCAAGAACGAAUCAGAUACCUGGGUCAUGAAGUUGACCUGAAUGGGUUGCAUCCUACGGCGGAUAAAGUAGCUGCCAUCAAGCAGGCGCCAAAACCGGACAACGUGACUCAGCUCAAAGCCUUCUUGGGCUUGGUAAAUUACUACUCAAACUUUUUGCCAAAUCUGGCUACGGUUUUAGAGCCCCUGCAUAACUUGUUACGUCGAGAAGCAGCAUGGGAUUGGUCACGCCAAUGUGAUGAGGCAUUCAGAACCUGUAAGGAAAUGCUUACUAACGAAAAUGUGCUUGAGUUGUAUGAUGUCAACAAAGAAAUACAGCUAACGUGUGACGCCUCCGAGUAUGGUUUGGGAGCUGUUUUGUCGCAUGUUGUGGGCGGCACAGAGAAGCCAAUAGCAUUUGCGUCGUGA